UAAUACAUAUCAUGAGAUUUUAGAACCACCACUUAACACAAACAUAUCAUGUAAAACGAACACAGUAUUACCCGAACAUGUUGCAGAUAUACUUCCGUUAAACUAUAAUUAUUUUAUCUCUGAAGUUCACCAAAUUCCUGCUUAUAUUACAACAGAAGGGUUUUCAGUUGAUCAUUUUAAAGUUAAUUUCUUUGUGAAUGUUGAUACUAGCGAAGAGAUUCGACAAACUGAGUUAACCACAGAAUAUAUGGGAGCAGUGGCCGCAAAAUAUCAUAUUGGAUCUUUAAAUUUUCUUCCAUCACUAACACCUAAUGAUCGUGCCCGUUUUGCAUAUAUUGCACGUG